AUGUUCUUGUUUGAUCUUUCAUGGGAUGAUUUCCUCACACUCUUAGCAAAGCAGGUCUAUGCCAAAUCACCUGUGUGUUUAGUGGUUGACAGAAUGGUGUGGCAGUUCUCUGUGAGCUGGACUGUGAAGGUGGACUCAUUGCCCCUCACAAGUGAGGAAGGCUUUGAGUACAUGAUAUCUCAUUUGAAAGCUUCAUCAUUGAGAGCAGCAGGAAAUCUGUUUAUUAAGAUGGCAAAGCCAACAGAUGGUGAAGCACAGCUUCCACCCUGGGCUGUGAAGUCUGUCACCACAUCUGAAGCCCUGUUGGGCAAGGACAAGCCAUCCUCCUCAAAAUGUACUGUCUCACUUGAUAAGAAACUGGCUCCAAUUGUACAGCAACUCCAGGACACUUACCCCAUAGGUCUUUGUGAUUGCCACCCAAAUCUGUGCUGCUUUCACCAUGGUCCCACUGAUAGACAUUAUGAACUUAUCCCUACUCUUGAGAAAGUGUGGGCACAUGCAAUUGUAUGUCUUCCACUAGUAAUUUGA